ACCGAGCACACCCUGGCGGAGCAGGACGUGGCGGGUGGCCUCGUCGAUGAAGUCCUUGGCGGGCUGACCGGAGUGGAUCAUGAAUCCGUCCUGCACGCAGUCAAUAUACAGAUCUCGACAUGGCGAUUUCGAUAAGUCUUACAGUGAACUUCAUGCUCUUGGCACGGGCGGCUCUGAGCUUUCCGGAAACGACGACCUCGCAACCCUUGGCGCCAGACUCCAUGAUGAAGCGGAGGACACCAUAGCAAGCACGGCGGACGGCGAGACCGUUGAGAAGCUUGUAACGGAGGGACUCGCACUGGGCGACGGCGGACAGACCGCGCGCUUCUGGAUGAGCGAGGUGAGCUCACGGAUGCGGCGACCCUGCUCUCCGAGAACCUCCUGUGUGUGGGUGGCGCGGAUGAUGAUGUCGGUGACGGUGGGCGUCACGCGGACCUCGACGCCGGAGUAGCCCUCCUCAGCAAGCUCGCGCUGGAAGAACUCGUUCAGCUCGGCGUAGAAAACACCGUCUAUAGGGUGUUAGCCUGCGUUUUCGUUCUUGC